AGUAAUGAAUUAAGAUGACUAAGCUUUUAUAAAAAACCUAUAGAUCUGAAGGAAACUUAGUAAACAUAAGUACCUAAUAAUGGCGCAAGAGAACCGGGUUGUUGUGCUGAUCGACAUGGAUUGUUUUUAUUGCCAAGUAGAGGAGAAGCUGAAUCCAGAGUUAGCAGGGAAACCUAUAGCUGUUGUGCAGUAUAACCCCUGGAAGGGUGGCGGGAUUAUAGCGGUAAACUAUGUGGCUAGAGCGAUGGGAGUGACACGUCACAUGAGGGGAGAUGAGGCCAAGGAGAAAUGUCCAGAAAUUCAGCUCCCUUCAGUACCCUGCCAGAGAGGCAAAGCUGAUAUUUCGAAGUAUAGAGAUGCUGGUAAAGACGUGGCUAAAGUAUUACAGAAGUUUACUACUUUGCUGGAGAGGGCUUCUAUAGAUGAAGCCUAUUUGGAUAUAACCGCUCCUGUACAAGAAAGGCUAAAAACUAUUAAUGUGAACUCUGUAACAACAGACCUUAUCCCAAACACAUACGCACUGGGGUAUGACAGUGUGGACCAAUUCAUAGACGAUAUCCACAACUGUGGUUGUGACUCCAUAGACUUUGACUAUGAGCAUGCAAAAGAGCUGCUAGUUGGGGCAAUUAUUGUGAGCGAGAUUAGAGCAGCUGUGUAUGAAGAAACUGGUUACAGAUGUUCAGCUGGAAUAGCACACAACAAAAUCCUAGCAAAACUUGUGUGUGGAAUGAACAAACCCAAUAAACAAACCAUUUUGCCUAAACAUUCUGUGAAUAUGCUGUACAGUACUUUAUCAGUGAAGAAGGUAAAACACCUUGGGGGAAAAUUUGGAGAUACUGUUUGUGAUCUUUUAAAAAUAAAAAACAUGAUUGACCUACAAGUUUUCACUGAAAAAGAUUUGCAGGCUAAGUUUGAUGAAAAAAAUGGGACAUGGCUCUACAAUAUAGCUAGAGGAAUUGAUUUAGAACCAGUACAGGCAAGAUUCAACCCAAAAAGUAUAGGUUGCUGUAAACAACUUAGAGGAAAGAGUGCUCUUGUGGAUUUAGAUAGCCUGAAAAAGUGGCUCACUGAUCUGGGCGACGAAAUUGAAGACCGACUAGAGAAGGAUGCGCUGGAAAAUAACAGAACACCAAAGCAGAUGGUUGUGAGCUUCUCUACAUCACUGCCUGAUGGAAGAGAUAUCAGCAGUUCCAGAUCAUAUAACUUUAUAGCUGAAGAUGAACUAUGUGGAGAGCUGUUUACUAAAAAGGCAUUGGAAUUAGUUUUGGAUACUACAGAGGGAUUAAAGAUAAAAGAUGCUGAGGGAAAUCGACGAUUAAAGGCGCCAAUAAAAUUUCUAGGAAUUAGUGUGGGAAAAUUUGAGGAUAACACUGAAAGCAAAAAAACAAAACGAAUAGUUGACUAUUUUUGUGCUGGUCCAUCUAAAGGAGAUGCAGCCAAAACAAAGGAAAAUGAUAAGACCAAUGAUAAAGCUCAAACUGCUGAUAAGAAACCAAUAAACAAAAAUGAAGGCAAAGAAUAUAUUUUAAACAAAUUUUUCCAAAUCACCAAUAAAACACUAAAUAAAGAACCGACGGCACAUGUUAAUAAAAAUGACGAUAGUAAAGAAGUUGUUGUAGAAUCAACCCUUGAGAAACAAGAAUCGUUUUUUGCAAAGUUCCUUAAUAAAAAUACAACUCAAUUUACUGAAGAUCCUACACCCUCUGUAACUGAAUCUGCUAAGAAAAUUCCUCCACCAACUCCUGUUUGUGAUGUAAUCAACUGCGGCGAUAAUAGUAAUGAUACUGCAUAUUCAGGGUCCACAAUAAAUGAGGAAAUCAACAAAAGUGUUGCUCUGUUUGAAGAAGAUCCUGCUGAUGUAGAUCGCGUUAGUAAUAUGAGGCAACUACUAAAUUCAACAAUGAUACCAGACGUUAUGGAAACCAAUGAAGUACCUGACAAUGAAGAAUCUCAUGGUGAUGAUGCUACUGAUAUGAAUACAGAUACAGAGCCAAAUAACCUAAUAGAUACAAUAACUUGUUCAGAAUGUGGUAAGACUAUCGAAAUGGAUAAAUUUGACACGCACGCUGAUUACCAUCUCGCGCUGAGGCUUAGAGAUGAAGAGAGGCAUCAAGUACGAUUAGAAAGGAAAGAAAGAUUUGCAGAGAAAACAGUAUCACAAAACCCAGAAUCUAAAACCAAAAUACCUGUUACAGAUCAGUCGAAUGAUAAAGUUGAACCAACAUCUAUAGCCAGCUUUCUUGUGAAGAUUGAUAAUACAACUCCAUCAGAAAGGUGUUCAGAGUGUGGUAAAAGAGUGCCUAUAGAAAAAAUAUCAGAGCAUUCAGAUUUCCAUGAAGCACAAAGAUUAAGCAGAGAGCUUAAUAAAAAACCCAACCCUAUACAAAUCACAGGGAGUGCUGUAAAAAGAAAAAGGAACUCUGCAUCUCCAGUUAAAAAGCCUAAAGUACCAUGUAAAUCAAUAGCAUCUUUCUUUAGAAGCUCAGAUUGAUAUUAAAUUCACUAAUGAA